UCCUCUCUUUCUCUCUCGCUCCCUUCCUCCCUGUAACUGAACAGUGAAAAUUCACUGGAUCCGCUAACAGGCACAGAUGUCAUGUGAAAACGCACAUGCUCUGCCAUCCACACCGCCUUUCUUCCUUUUCUGUUUCCUUUUUUUCCCCCCUUGCUCCUUCUCCUUCUUCUUUGUAACUAACAAAACCACCACCAACUCCUCCUCCUCCUGCUGCUGCCCUUCCUCCUCCUCCUCAGUCCAAGUGAUCACAAAAGAAAUCUUCUGAGCCGGAGGCGGUGGCAUUUUUAAAAAGCAAGCACAUUAGAGAGAAAGGAGGAAAAAAAAAAAAAAAAAAAAAAGCAAAACAAAACCCAGGCACCAGCCAGACAGCACAUUUCUUUUUUCGCCCUUCCUGAAAACAAACAACCAAACAACCAUCAAAACAGUCAUCACCACCAUCAUCAAAACUGUUAACACAGCGGCGGCGGCGGCGGCAAACGUCACCCUCCGGCCAAGGCGUCCGCCUAAAGGGAUGGUUUUCUCGGCGGAGCAGCUCUUUGCCGACCACCUUCUUCACUCGUGCUGAGCAGGAUUUUUGGCUCUCCGGGGUUCGGGCUGGGAGCAGCUUCAUGACUACGCGGAGCGGGAGAGCGGCCACACCAUGCGAGCACAAAUUGAAGUGAUACCAUGCAAAAUUUGUGGCGAUAAGUCCUCCGGGAUCCACUACGGAGUGAUCACGUGUGAAGGCUGCAAGGGAUUCUUUAGGAGGAGCCAACAAAACAAUGCCUCUUACUCCUGCCCACGGCAGAGAAACUGUUUAAUCGACAGAACCAACAGAAACCGUUGCCAGCACUGCCGACUGCAAAAGUGUCUUGCCCUAGGAAUGUCGAGAGAUGCUGUGAAGUUCGGCAGGAUGUCCAAGAAGCAGCGGGACAGCCUGUAUGCGGAGGUGCAGAAGCACCAGCAGCGGCUGCAGGAGCAGCGGCAGCAGCAGAGCGGGGAGGCCGAGGCACUGGCCAGGGUGUACGGCGGUGGCCUCAGCAACGGCCUCGGCAGCCUGAGCGGCGAGGCGGGGGGCGCUUACGCCAACGGACACGUCAUCGACCUGCCCAAGUCCGAGGGUUACUACAGCGUGGAUUCCGGCCAGCCGUCCCCGGAUCAAUCUGGACUUGACAUGACUGGAAUCAAACAGAUAAAGCAAGAACCCAUCUAUGACCUCACGUCCGUACCCAACUUGUUUACCUAUAGCUCUUUCAACAACGGGCAGCUAGCGCCAGGGAUCACGAUGACCGAAAUCGAUCGAAUCGCACAGAACAUCAUCAAGUCCCACCUGGAGACGUGUCAGUACACCAUGGAGGAGCUACACCAGCUGGCGUGGCAGACCCACACCUAUGAAGAAAUUAAAGCCUAUCAGAGCAAGUCCAGGGAAGCGCUGUGGCAGCAGUGCGCCAUCCAGAUCACUCACGCCAUCCAGUACGUGGUGGAGUUCGCGAAGCGGAUCACGGGCUUCAUGGAGCUCUGUCAGAACGAUCAGAUUCUACUUCUCAAGUCAGGUUGCUUGGAAGUGGUUUUAGUGAGAAUGUGCCGUGCCUUCAACCCAUUAAACAACACUGUCCUGUUUGAAGGAAAAUAUGGAGGAAUGCAAAUGUUCAAGGCCUUAGGUUCUGAUGACCUAGUGAAUGAAGCAUUUGACUUUGCAAAGAAUUUGUGUUCCUUGCAGCUGACUGAGGAGGAGAUUGCUUUGUUCUCAUCUGCUGUUCUGAUAUCUCCAGACCGAGCCUGGCUGAUAGAACCAAGGAAGGUCCAGAAGCUUCAGGAAAAAAUUUAUUUUGCACUUCAGCACGUGAUUCAGAAGAAUCACCUGGAUGAUGAGACUUUGGCAAAGUUAAUAGCCAAGAUCCCCACCAUCACGGCGGUCUGCAACUUGCACGGGGAGAAGCUGCAGGUAUUCAAACAAUCACAUCCAGACAUAGUGAACACCCUCUUUCCUCCAUUAUACAAGGAGCUCUUUAAUCCUGACUGUGCCACCGUCUGCAAAUGAAGGCGACCAGAGGACUGUCUCCUAGUCACGGAAUGCAUCACCAUUAAGACAAAAGCAAUGUGUUCAUGAAGACUUAAGAAAAAUGUCUACUGCAACAUUAGGAAUGUCCUGCACUUAAUAGAAUUAUUUUUCACCGCUACAGUUUGAAGAAUGUAAAUAUGCACCUGAGUGGGGCUCUUUUAUUUGUUUGUUUGUUUUUGAAAUGACCAUAAAUAUACAACUAGAGGACACUGGGUGUUAUUUUUUUUUUUUUAUUCGGGUAUGUUUUGGGAGACAACUGUUUAUAGAAUUUUAUUGUAGAUAUAUACGAGAACAGAGCGGUACUUUACAUGAUUACUUUUCCUGUUAAUUGUUCAAAUAUAAUUUAAGAAAACUCCACUGAAUAGGCUUACCUAUUUCUAUGUUUUUAGAUAGUUGAUGCAUGUGAAAAUUUGUAGCUGUCUUGAAAAGCACUGUGCAGGUACGUAAUAAGUAUAUAAUAUCCGAGAAUAUUAUAUAUGAUUAUUACUUACACCUGCACGUGCACUGUGGCUUAAAACACCAUACCCACUAGUGAAGAAGGUUCAAUCAGGCUCUCUCUUCUUAUUUCCCUUCUGUGUUACCUUUAUGUUAGACAAUCAGGAUUUUGUUUUCCCAGCCAGACUUUUCAGCUGUCGUCUACAGCAGGAUGGUCCCGAUUCAGAGAUAAGUCUGUGAAGGAACAAACGUAACACCCAGCCUCUGAGUAAGAACUCUAGCUCUCUCAGUGACAUCCAAGCCUUGUCAGGAUGGUAAAUAUUGGGGUGGGGGGGAGUAUUUGGAGCCAUUUUCCUGUUUUUAAGAAUUAGGCCACAGAUAAUAUUGUGGAGUCCAGAACAUUUUUUAACCAAACAAUCACUGUUUCCUAUUUUUCACCAGCACACACAAAACACUUUUGUUUUUUCUUUGGAUUUUAGGCUGGGAAAGAAACUGAUUUUGGUUUCGUUUCUCUUCAGCAGAGAAACGCAGUCUGUAGGUUUGAUCACCAGCAAUUUUUUCUAAUAAAAUUAGAGUCACGGCAGAAAUCAGAAGCCAGGGUCCAGAUGCCAUUUCAUGUCAACAUGUCCUCUCUAACCUGUUCUGUUUUGGUUUGGGUUUUUUGGGGCGGUUUGGGUUUUUUUUGUUUUUUUGUUUUUUGGUGUGGUGGGUUUUUUUUUGUUUGUUUGUUUUGUUUUUUGGUUUUGGCAAAGAAGAGGUAAGAAAGAGCACCUACAAAGUAAAGAAGUAGUUCUUUAGAUGCAUUCCCUUUGCCAAGUUUGUUAGAAAAAGCAGCAAUAAAGGGGAAGGCAGGAUUUUAUAUGUCCUUCUAGUGUGGGGCCUCUAAUUUCUCAACUCCAAAAUGCUACACUGUAUGCACAGAGCAAGAACUCGACAGAUAAGGAAAACACAUCUGAGUUAUUCUGUACAACUAAUACACCCCAAAGCCAAAACUAUUUCCCAUGUGGUUUGAAAUCGCAUCAUCCAUCUAGCCUGGGCUUACUUUUUUUUUUUUUUUUUUUUUUUUUUUAAGCAACUUGCAAAGCACAGAGUGCAAAAGGCAAGACAAAGCUUAGUGAAUUCAGACUUCCUAGGACAAGCCUCCCCUCUCCACCUGCUCUCCAGCCGAGUGCCAGGAAAGCAUAAACCCCAAGCAGCUUGUUCGGCUUGGGCUCUGGAGGCCGGAUGUCUUGGGUCUUAGUGGAUCCAAAACAAGAGUUCUUAAAAAUGAAGCUAGAACCGGGCUUUGUGUAGAAGACAAUGACGCACCAUCUCCCGGAAGCGUAGCCCAGCUGCAGCUCUCGAGGCCCCGCCCUCUCCUCCUCGGCAAACGCACCCGCACGCAUGCGCGCACACUUGCUUUGAAAAGUUUCCAUCAGUGGAAACUUUGAUUUCCUUUUCAUCUCCAACGCUCUCCUAAAGUGACACGGUCUUGAGAGCCAUCUGCGCGAUGCCACCGCACCCCUCCUUGAUGAUCAGACGGUAGUGCUAGUCUUUUCUUCUAGAAAACAGAGCCUUUUCCCACCUCAUGAUUGAUGAAUUCCAAACCAAUGGGGAAAAACAAAAAGGCUUUAAAAUAAUGACUCUCUUUCUCAACUACUGUUAUAUUCAAUUAAUUUAACUACAUUGAACCAAAUUACCUUCCGUGUCUAAGAAGACAGCUGCGCACUGCGUGUUAUGCUGCUGCAGGGACUUGGUUGUUUCUGGUGUAAAUGUCACUCCUGCUAGCUCUUUGUAUAAAGAAUUAAUUCCAAGAGUCAUAUUUCCUUCUAAUGGAAAGAUUACUUUACUGAUUGCUAGGAAAACAGGGUAAUGGAAGGCGCUCAAUUAAGCCAAGCCGUUUCCAAAUGCAAUGUAUGUUUUAUGAUUGGCUUGUGAUAGGCAACGCUUAAUGUGUCUACUUGGUGUUUCCCUUUGAGCUUUGAACUUAUGUCAGACUUUGCUUUCAUCGUUCUGUUGGCCUCGUGUUUUCCGUUGUUGGCCUGUAAUUCCUGCUCCGUUGCAAAGGGAAUCAUUUGUUUCCUUCGGUCUACCUUUGAGGAUUUAAAUUGGCUCAAUUGAUGAAGUGGCUGAGAAUUUUUUCCUCCCUCGUCCCAUGGGCGAUGUAGGAAAAGGAUGAUUUCCCACAUGUGCCUCAGGAGGUACCAGAUUUGAAUUUGUUUGUCAUUUCUACCAGUGCGAGCAUUUCACUGGGAGGGCAGGAACCUUUUGAAGUGAGGGCACAGGAAACAGCUAGCGACGGAACAAGAACAAAACAGUGGCAACCAGUACAUGCUCAGGCCACUUCAGCUCAGAAGAGAGAUUUCCCUUUUGCGCCCCAGUUGCCAAAUCUGUCCCUGAAAAGAGAACCAGGUCAUAUCUUCGGUGGCGACAUACGCCUUUCCAAGCUGCCUUUUGAACAUCUCCUAUGACCACAUCUCAAGGUAUUUUGAAAUUUGGUUGAGAACAACUUUGUGUACCACACGCGAUUUUUGUCCCUUCCCUGCGAAGACGCGCAGGGGCUCCCACCACCUUCAUGAUACAAGGCACACCGGACCAGAGAACCCACCGUCUGUACUCUUCCCUUCAUGCUUCGUAAAUGACAAUCUGCUCGAUGCAGAUGUUGCACUGUACCCACUCAGGGAUGUUUCAUUAAAAAAAAAAAAUACAUCAAGGGGGGGAAUAAAACAGGAAAAUGACAACAAAAUGUAAACGGCAUAAAUUAGAUAUGCCAAUAAGAGAACCUCUCUGACAAGGCUUUCAGAACAGUAAGCAGUACCUUCGUGUCGUUAACUGUGUGGACUUGAUGGAAAGUUGCACACGAAUAAGGACAACUCGGUCUCAUUUUCUAAAAUCUGCUAAGAGCCAAAUAAUCGAGCUGCCCUAUUAACAGGAAUAUGUGUCUCCCGAGCAAACCCAAGCUUCCUACACAGGUCCUGAGCGGGGAGAAUACAGAAAUCUAAGUGGGGUUAGCGGACUCUGCCAGGGGAGGUAAAGCUGUGUGAAUUCAAAUUCUGGCGUAUCUGUGAUCUGAAAGAGGAAAUGCAAAUUUUGGAGGGAAUAUAGGAGAAGAAAGAAUACCAGAUCUGGCUUAGUCCACCACACUUGGAUGUCCACAACUUGGGUCAUCUUAGUAUCCCUAAUUCUGUGCCCCACCCCCACCCCGCUCCAGAGAAUGAAAGCUGAGGGUAGAGAUGUACUAUGUACUCUACACACAUACCCCUUCUGAUUUCCCUCAGUUGAAAACUGUCUUCAGAGCUCUGGAAUAAAGGACCACUGUGUAGGUAUAAACAGAAUAUAGUGGUCUCUAGGGUAAUGGGACUUCUUGGGGAGAAUCUGUGACACCUUAAAUCACAGGGAACUCUGGACGUUAGUAGCAAGAGGUGCCAGGGACAAACCAGUACAUUUCCUAUCGCAGCUGCCUUGUUCAACACCUAAAUUCAUGGCAGUCAAGCUAAACUUUUCGUAGAAAACCCACACACAUGGCUAGUCCACUCACACACUCCGCAAUCCCAAGUGUACCAGGCUUGAAUGCAAAAGUGACUCUUCCGUCCCAAGGACAACCUAAAACGUAACCAGCUUUUUUUCGAAAACAUCAGAAAGAUGCAAAUGAUGUCAGUUUUGCUGCAUUUGCUUUGUUCUGUGUAUUACAGAAGGAAAAAUUCCACCGCUAUUGGAAAUUAGAAGAAAUAACUUUUUCCUGACUCUCUUUUCUCUGUAAACAUUUGCUUCCAAUGAAGUUGCCACAGUUGGCAGCAAAUUCAGGCAAGGAGGCCUGUGCCUGACAGAGCCGCCAUUCAAGAGAACAGCAAGAGCUGGAAAGUUUGCAUCUGUAGUGAACCUUUGCACAGAGUCCCCUGGACCAGGAAGACCAGAAGCACACCAUCUGCUUUAGAUGAAGUGGUAUUUGAUUUUUUUUGUUUCUGGCUGCCGAUAGAACCACAGCCUGGUAUGGAAAACCACGUGGGUCAUUAGACGGGAGCUGACAACCUAUUUUGGCGGGGGGGGGAGGCGGGGACAGGUCUCAGGACCCAGAGGUACAUGUUCAUUUGAAGCAAGGGUUAAAAAUUCAGAAGCCUAAAAGGGCCAGGGAGUUGAUGCCAAUGAGCGAAAGCAGUCCAGCCGCCAGCUGGCAAGGAAGUGCCCCAUCUGAAAGGGGACAUCCGAUGGCCGGCUAAAGCCCAAGUGCCGCUAAUGCUUCUGAAUCUUACAAUAUCUCUCUGGUUGGAAGGGAUGUCAGUUGACUCAGAGCUGAGGACAGACCAAACAAAUACACCUCCGAGCAGAAGAGGGUCCACUUUGUAACCUCUGAUUUAAAGCAAAAUUGAAUCUCGGGGCCUGUUUCCUGGAGUAAGUCUGGCCAGACAGGACUCCGCAUGAGAGGGGCGGGGGUGCGGAGCUCAGUGGGGUUUCCACAUCUGACUGUCACUCCCAGCAAGAGUUCAGCUGGAAAAACAAAAGUAGUCGAAAAGUGCAAGUGAUCCCAUUUAACUAUGGCUCAUAAGGGACAUCUCUGUCUCGCCCAAACCCCUAGCUUCCUAGAGCCAGGUGGCUCCAUCUCUCACCACUUUUUUUCUGAACAUCAAACGCAUGAUUUUUCCACUUUUCAGUCUUGAUGUGUCUCUUCUGAUGUGUGGCUUCGAUAUCUGUGGCACGUUUUUACUUUCCCUUAGUUGUGUCUGCAGAAUGUAUUCGUGGUCAUGAUCACGCAGUCCCCCGUGUUCUGAAGUGCAGGACCCGGGAUUCCUAUGCAGCAGGUGGAGGUCGUCUGUUUGUGCACUUUUUGCCUAAGCUGCUGAAAAUCCUCCAAAGUCCAUUGCCCAUAGUAAUCUUUGCCUCCUGCAUGACCGUAAGCUUGACCUCUAGUGGAUCAGAAAAAGCAGCUCAGUGAUUGUUCUCAUGGCCAAAACUAAAGCACAAGGGGACCGGCAUUGAAUAGACCCAGUUGAGGCAGGCGCAGGGUGUCCACACCCCAGCUGGGCAGCAUGACCCUUCUCUUGAACCCUACUCUUGUGGCAGUGGCCGGUGGAGGGCAUCUGCAUGGCUCUGUCACAACCACAAGCAGACACACGUUAGGUAUGUCUGAAAAGCUACAGAUCGCACAUCCAAGCACAGUACUGUCUGCUUCAUCUGAGGAACACACACACACACACACACACGAGUGCAAACCACACCCACAGAAAACUGAGUACGUAUUGUAGAAAUGUAGAGGAAAAAUAAAAAUAUUUUUUCAAAUGUAAUUACUUUUAAUAUAUGCUUGUGGAAGGUCUAAUACAAUGUAUGCUGUCUCUGUAAUUUUUGCUGUAAAUAACUGGAGACAGUGAAUACACUGAUUUUUCUAUGUCUCUGUUUAAGCUUAAGACUUUGUAACAAUUUUUUUAGAGGGGGGAAAACCAACAAAGAGCAAAUAUGUACUUGCUUCCUUUCUGCGUGUUAUGCGUGUUAUGUACUUCUCAGAAACUGGUUGUUAACAGUUUAAGCAUCUUAACGGGUCAUUGGUGUUAAGUGUAUGCUUCUUUUUGUAAUACAGCUGAGAAAGGGACAGGGCUGUCCAUUAAAUCUGCUCCAAAGAAUUUGUAUUGAAGAUUGGCCCAAGACCUGCAAACGCUAUCAGAACUAGACAAUGUGAGGAAAGAAAGUUUAAAAAAAAAAAAAGAAAAAAGAAAAAGAAAAGAAAAAAGAAAAAAAAAAGAAGUUGCCUGAGUAAGUCAUCUUUCCUUGUAGCAAGUGGCUUUGUCCAAAUCCUUUCUGCAUGGACUAGCUUAAGGAACACAAACUCUGCUUUCUGAUGAACAAAAUAUUUUUGUACACAUUGAUUUCUUAUGAAUAACCUGAGGUCAGAUCACUCAUUCGCUGAAGCCAUAACUGACCUUCACCAAAUAAAUGUUGCAAAGAACCUGGGGGAGUGUUGGGGAGACACCGAGAGGGAGGAAGAUCGAAGGUGUCCUGAGCUAUAACCACACAGGCAGGAGCAAGUCCGAUGAACCUGAUGCUUUUCCUGCAUCCCAAAUAGGACUUUAAAAGGCUAGUAUUUUAUGAUGAUCGAUUUAUAAUAAAAAAAAGAUAUUUAGAUUUAAAUGAGACUUUCCAAUAUUUUUUAAGUCCCUGACAAUGCUUCCCUGCUUUUAGGAUUGAGAGAAAUGAUUUUCAUCUACUUCCAACAUUCAGAGAUUUGAUUUUUAUGUUAGCUCCAGCCUACAAGUGUAAAGUGAAGAACAACUCCAGGUCCUCCAGUGGUUGGAACCAUGGGCUGCCAGGGGCGUGGGGUGGGGGUGAGGGGUGGCGCUCAGCUGCGCCUACCAACCAGGGUUGCACCUGGAGGGGCAGCCAUGAAGUGCAGUUGAUACGUCUUAUUAGCAUGCACAAAUGUCGGUGACGCACAAAGGCUGCAUUGCCAGACACAUGUAAAAUAAAAGCAUUCACUCUAAGAUGCAUAAUAGUGAUACCUUUUUAAAAGAAUAAUGCCUCCAAUAGUCACGAUUGAUUUUUCUGGAGCUUAAUCACAUUAUUACCAUGUAUUAUUAUUAGCCUAUAGAGGCAAAAAGCAAACUGCAAAUAAACCCCAUGACAUCUAGUUUUAAAAUCUACAGUUUUUCUGAUCUCUCUCUCCUUGUUUAAUAUAUAAGCCCUAAUUUCUGUGUACGUGAGUAAAACUGCAGCCUGAGUCAUUUAGGAAGUAAGCAUUGAGUUGUUUUUAUUAUUAUUAUUAUUAUUAUUAUUAUAAAUAUACUAGAAUAAAACAGCACUCCCUAACAAUUAAAAAAAAGUUUUAUAUUACUUUAGAAUGUAAUAGGUUUUUGUCCUUAUUUUAUGUCCUGUAAAUUAUUAGUUGAAUACUGUUAGCAUUCCCAGAUAAUGCACACAUGAUUUCUGAAUGUUUUCUGUAAAUGACAAUCAAUGUUUAUGAAGUUCCCUCCUUUAAUGCUGAACAAAAUUAAA